AUGGACUUUUUUUAUCUCACCGGUGUCCGGUCCCUUUAUCGAGACCCAGAAUUACCAACAAUUUCCACUGCCACUGAUUUUUCUUCUUCGGAAAAGUUGGUUGAUUCCAAUUACAAGUACCAACCAAGACACACUUUUAUAGGAGUAGUUUGGAUUCCACGAAGUUUUAAGUUGACUCUCGAGGGCGGGGCCAAGUCGCGAAAUGUAUUUGCCUGCUUGGGGAAGACUGGGGCCAUUACCUUGAGGGCAGGUGGCUUGAGGUUAGCGGUUAUUGCACGUUCCACUCCUCGUAUGAAGAGGAGAGCAAGAGAGGUGUCUAUGGCCACGAAUGCCGGAUAUGCACGAAUGAAAGAUGCAGAUAAACAAUGUCCGUGUGGGUAUUUUGUUAAAGUAACCGAGGCUAAAUCUAAUAAGACUAAGUUUGAAGAGGCAACACAAUCUAGAUUUGCAAGUUUAUCACUAGCUGCCACAAUGAAACCAGAGUCCAAGAAAAAUCGCAGUGAAAGUACCAAAAGUUCAGAAGGCAAUACUGCUUCACCUUCAUGUUACGACUUAACAGCUCUUUCACAAGCUCUUGAUGAUGAAGCACCUGUAAAUAACAAUAACGAUAAAUCUUCUUUUGACCUGAGCAACAUAUCAGAGGCACUUAAUAAUGUAGCUAUGAAAGAGAAGAAAAGGCUACUAGUGUUGAGAUCAAUUGCUCAGUCACAGGAAGAAGCGAAAACGAGGCAAAUAAGAGCAAGGAGACUACGUUAUAUUUGUGAAACAUUGAGAACGAGAAAGAUGGCAGGUGAAAGAGUGCACGGAGAGAUUAAAUGUUUUCCUACUCCUGCCUUUAGUUUGGCUGAUACGGACCGGUGGUUACAUCCUGGGAGUUCAAUUUUGGGGAUGGAUCAAAUGGUGGCAAUGUCAAGUCUUAGCAGGUGUUUGGCUGUUUGGCACAACAGUGGUGGAGUUCUUGACCUUUAUGAUCCAAACAAUCUCCAACUCAAAAACCCUACAACAACAACAAUGCCCCUCUUCACAAAUAUCGAACUUCUUGAACCCUCACUAUCUUUACUAGAUUACACUAUGGUUUAUCGAGAACCCCAUCUCUCUUACCCCCUCUUUGAUGCCAUUUCUUCAACUUUUGAGCUUUUUGACAAUGUUUUAGAUUUAGCCCACUUUGAGAGAAGAACCCCAUUUUCGUCAUGUUAUAGGACGAUCAGGUCCACUUCUGGGUCAACCAGCUUGUAUGAUCGGGUCACUGUUUUGGAUUUGGAGGCAUUUCACCCGGUUUUUAAUGAUGCUUCAGAUAGGAAGUACACGUGGACGGAUGAGAUUAAGUGUCCACAGAAAAAGUGGCUUGGCCAGAAGUACAAAGUGACGGCUGAGAUCAAGGGGUCUGAGAUUGAUCGGAAGUAUAAAUAUACAGCUGAGAUAGAGAGUCCGGAGAAGAUUGGUUUUGACGGGAAGUACAAGUGGUCGGCUGAGAUCAAAGGGGAGAAGCAUGACAAAGGGCAAAAACACAAGGAAGUCUCGAUCAAGAUCAAAGAGCCAGAAUCUGGUGCUGUAGUCUGUACAAAAGACAAGAAGAAGGCCACGCGUCUUGUGGAGAUUGAAGAGCCACUAGAUCAAGGUGCCAUCUAUCUGCGACAGGCGUUUGCUAAGAGAGCCGAAGCUGUGGCUAGAGCAAGAGGGAAAACGAAGAUACUGAGCCCAGAAGCUGCAGCAUUGAUGAUACAGGUGGGCUUCAGGACCUAUCUGAUCCGUCGAUCACAAGCGCUUCAAUCAUUACGUGAGUUGGCAAUCACAAAAGCUAAGUUAAAUGAGAUUAGAACGCUGUUUAACAACUUCACUUACCGAAGGUGCAUAGCCCGUGAUGUAGAGGAGCGUAAGCGCUUUGCUGAGAGGAUCAUCGCGCUUCUCCUCUCUGGUGCUGAUCUUAUGGUUCGAGCGGUGAGGAGGUCAAUGCUGGAUGAGUUGGAGGCAAUGCUUGAUUUGGUAGGCCCUCAUCCUCCUGGGAAAUUAGGUUUCUUGAAGAGUAAGAAGUUUGAGUGGGCUGAGAAUAGCUUUCUGAGAGAAAUUGCAGCUGGGGUGGCUGAUGUUAUCCAAAUGCUUGAUCAAGAUGAGAAGUCUGAUAAUGCUACCUUUCAAGUUUGUUUGUGA